CUGAGGCUGACGGAGGCGGAGGAGGAUGCCGCUGAAGUUGUUUCUCAUGUCCGCCCGGCCGCUGGUGACGUAGCGAGGAGUUCGCGCGGCGGAAGGAGCCUCGGGGGCCGCCGUAGCAACCGCCAAAGUCCCCCUUUUUUAGUCUUUUCUCUUCAGACGCCGCCAUGGACGGAGGAAGCGGGAGCCCGGCUCGGGCGGCGCGUGUUGAGGGGCGGCCUUCUCUGCCCCCGCUUCCCUUCAGGCCUGCGCAGCUCUUUUAAAGCUUUCCCUUCCUUUUCCUGUAGAUGACAUUUGUUGGAUUCGUAUCGCACACACGCAAGAAGUAAAAUUGGGUUCACUCACAGAUGUGGAAGGAUCAAGUUGGGCUGUCUUGCCUAAAAUGAAGCAAGAGACUUAAUACUCUUCUUGUGGUCUCCCAAAGAUUCGUAUUUGCUUGCUCCUACUCCAAGGGCAAGAGGAUAUCUAAAGGGUGGAACGUCUUGCCUAUCUGGAAGAGUGCCUCGUUUGUCUUGCUUUGUUGUUGGAUUUCUUGCGUUCCUUGUUUUCUUCUGGGAGAUUAUUCAUCUUGGAUAGACAAUGCCGUGAACGGGCGCUCCGUUUUCCGCUCGCCUUACAAACUGUGCACCGAAGAGUUCGGUCACUGCCACCGCAAAAGGUAACCAGGCGAAUUUGCCAUGGCUGGGAGCAGUUACACAGACCUACGAGAAAAACUCAAGUCAAUGAUGCCUUACCGGGACGGGUACAAGGGCAGCAGCCUUCGGGAUCCUGAAGAGCCCCCUUACGGAUCCACUGACCGCAAGCGCAAGUACCACGAGGAUUCCGAGUCGGAGCCCAGCGACUACGAGGAACGCCAGCGGGAGGAGGAGGAGGCCCAGAAGGUCAAGAGCGGCAUUCGUCAGCUCCGCCUCUUCAGCCCCGAAGAGUGCGCCAAGAUUGAAGCACGCAUUGACGAGGUGGUCUCCCGGGCCGAGAAGGGCCUGUACAAAGAGCACACGGUGGACCGGGCCCCUUUGCGCAACAAGUACUUCUUUGGGGAGGGCUAUACGUACGGGUCCCAGUUGCAGAGACGAGGCCCUGGCCAGGAGCGACUGUACCCACGCGGGGAGGUGGACACCAUCCCAGAGUGGGUGCAUGACCUUGUCAUCCGCAAGUUGGUAGAGCACCGGGUGAUCCCCGAGGGCUUUGUGAACAGUGCGGUCAUCAACGACUACCAGCCUGGGGGCUGCAUAGUCUCCCACGUGGACCCUAUCCACAUCUUUGAGCGGCCUAUUGUGUCAGUGUCAUUCUUCAGUGACUCGGCGCUCUGCUUUGGCUGCAAGUUCCAGUUCAAGCCGAUCAGGGUCUCCGAACCGGUCUUUUUCCUUCCUGUGAGAAGAGGAAGCGUGACUGUGCUCAGUGGUUACGCAGCGGAUGAAAUUACACACUGCAUUCGGCCGCAAGAUAUCAAGGAGAGGAGAGCUGUCAUCAUCCUUAGGAAAACCCGACUGGAUGCCCCCCGGUUGGAGAUGCGAACCCUGAUGCCCGGCUAUGCCUCUGACCGUCUCUCGGGAAGCAACCGGGACCCCAUCCUGAAGCCAAAAAGGUCCCAUCGCAAAGCGGAUCCAGACGCUGCUCACCGGCCUCGCAUUUUAGAAAUGGAUAAAGAAGAGAACCGGCGCUCCGUCCUUUUGCCCAAACACAGGAGGCGGAGCCAUUUCAGCUCCGAGAACUAUUGGCGGAAGUCUCAUGGGGAGGACUUUGAGGAGGAAGAGGAGGAGGAGGAGGAGGAAGAGGACGGCAGCCCCGCUCGCAAAGUCAAAAUGAGGCGGCACUGAGGGAGUCCUGUCCUUUCCUUUUCCCCAUCACCUUCCCUGCAUCCAGGAUCAGAGCUGCUGAGACCGGCCUUCGGACCGUGGAGUUGCACGACUUUUCUCUUCCCUGUCUCUCUUUCUAUCAUCCAUGUUCCACUUUCUUCCCUUUCUAUAGCCUCCUUGUCAGGCCGAGGAAUACCUGGCAGGCAUCUGGCUUGAAUAAUAAUAAUAAUCCAUCAGGGCAUCCUACCAACUGGGAUGUGUUUGCUGCCACUUGCCUUGCCAUUCUUUUUUCUUUUGAAGGAAAAGCUGUGUUGUUGUUCCGAGAGGCGUAUAUAUGUAGAAAAAUGCCAAAAAAAAAAGUGACCAGAAGGGUUGCGGAUAUCCUUUUGCGCUCUCAUGCUGCCGCUUCUUUUAAAACAACGCGCCUGUUUUGAGGUCCGAUCCCACGCGAGACACUCUGGCAGCCGCCAUCCUGACACCAAAGGGCUCCCUGGUUUUCGAAGUCCGUGUGCGGAUUGUUUUACCCUCCCCCCCCCCCCACACCAUCCACUGUUAUUAUUUUUUUCUCUUGCUCUUUUUCGGAAGACGUCACCCUCCCGCAACUGGAAAACGAAACCGCAAAAGCUUCGCAAAAACACUUCUGUCACGGCACCGGAUGACAAAGCGUCGGUCGGACGUGUUGCACUUUAGCGUCAGGGUUCUCCCCUUUUUCCCGUGUGCGUGUGUGUAUGGCGUGUGUGUGAGAGAGUUGCGUCAAAUGCCAUAUAAUCCCCCCUUCCUUUUAUUUGCUUGAGCUCGCAAGCAUCUUGUGUUUGUUUCUGCGCUGCUAAUGGAAGGAUACCGAGACGUGUUUCUCUUUUCUGUGAAGGAUUUGUGGCAGUCCCACCCCGGAGCUGCUGCUCAGGAUCUCAGCCAAGGGGUCGAUAGGAGCAAAUCUUGGAGGGAGGGAAGGGAGGGAGGGAAGAAGGAAAAAUCCCACAUCCCCUUUCGCUCUUAACUGCAUUUAUUAGAAGGGGCAUCGUGUCCCCAACAGGUUCUUUGCAGGCUCAGGCUGUGUGCAUAAACUUUCAUUUUGGUUGGUUUGCUUAGGAGAGACAUCCCAGUGUGUUGUGCCUCUUCCCUUGUGUGUCAAGUUGGCUCUGUUGUGUUCAAACGCACACAGCGUGCGUUUGAACAGAACAGAACCAACUCUUGUUAUGAAAGCGAUAAAAGAGAGAGACGUUUGGCAGGUGACUCCCUCAAGUCUUCGUUUUCUUGAAAAGUGGGGCAGCAAAACAACAGAAUUGCGCAUUUUUGCUCUUUGCCUUUCAGCGUCCGAACCCAAGGCAACAUCCAUUGGGCUGAAAACUAUUUGCCUUUCGCUUCUAUGACACCCCUAAAAAUGUUGGAAAGAGAACCCGACCCCUUUCUAAGACUGAAGAAAAACCAAUCCUUAACUUUAGAAAACUUGAGGUCUGGUAAGGCAUUGGAUCCAUUUCCAGCUAGUUUGGGUUUGUUUGAAAUGCCAAGUGCUGUCAAACUUGAAGGUUUCUAACGAGAGAUAUAUAUAUAUACAUAUAGAUAUAUGUAUUUCUUAUUAUAAUCAGUCCAAUCUGCUCCGAAUCGCACCUGGGUUUCUCCCCUUGGCACCGGCCUUCCUCCCAAGCACACACUUACAAAUUACAAAAAGAAAAGGAGAAGUUCUGGCUGACUCUUUUUGUGUAUUUUUUUUAAAUAAAUAAAGAUCUAAUUUUUUGUUACAAAUAAUAAAGAAUAAGUGGCAAUAUUUUUUUCUGUAAUUUUUCAUAGGAAAAAAAACAAAACAAAAAGUGUGAUUUGUAAAGCGAUUGUACAGUUCUGAAGUUUGAGAUACACGAAAUAAAUAACCCUAACUGCGUGGCACGCUGUAAAUGGGGGGCGGGGCAGGGAGAGAUUAUUUUCCGUACCGUACAGAUGUCUUUGGGGGGAGAAAUCUUUUAAUUCGGGUUGAUUUAGAAAGAACUCUAGAAAAAUCUCAUUUUUUUUCUCCCACUUUUUUUCUUGUAUAGAAUGCUGCAUUUAACUAAAUAAAAGCCGAAAGCAUCACUUGACAGAC